AUGCGCAACGCAAGACGAAAGAGACCAGCACUAGCGAUGGAUGAAAACGAGGGUGUGUCCUGUGUCCAUGUGGUCGCUAGGCGACGUGAACACGCGCUAGAUCUUGCUCUAUCAAUUAUCUUAGAGAAGCCGGGGGAGGUAGGCUUUUGUUUAUUAUGUACCUUUUUUAAAUGGUUAUCAAGUUUUCUUGCUACGCAUUCUUCUGCGCGGCGUUUCGCGCCAUCUUUUUCCUCCUUGGCAUCUGCGGCUGACAUGCGCCCUUCGUGGAAACUGCCCAUGAGAUUCGCCAGUCCACAUCUUGCUUUCCCAAUCAUUAUCCCCAGAAUGACCUUGAUACACGGCUAG